AUGUACAGCAAAAUUUUGAACACGGGGUUUUUCCUCCUCCCUUUGCUCGUCUGCACUGAGGCUGCCAAGUUUGCUCUGCCGUUUAAUACAAACUCGACAGCUAUCAAGAAGCUUGCUGCUGUUGCUGCUGAAACUGCGCCAAUCCAGAUCGGAGUUGCGCUGUAUUUCCAGACAAAUCCCAUGGGAAGAGAAAAUGAGAUUGUGGCCUGCCAGAUCCAAGAGGAUGGAAGCAUCGGUGCCCACAAGAGGUAUAGGACCGGUGGGAGGGGUGGAGCAGCACCGGUUGCUACCGGUGACGACAAUGGAAAGAUUGCAAAGUUACAGUUGGCAUCGACGAACGACGCUUUGUUCAGUCAGCAUUCGGUUAUUAUCAAUGGAAACUACCUUUUCACCGUAAAUGCUGGAUCUAACUCCAUUACAAUGUUCCUCGUCGACCCCAAGGAUCCCCUCAAGCUUACAAGAGUAGGAAAAAGGCCAACCACCAGCCACGGAGACCUUCCAGUUUCCCUAGCAUACUCUCCAAAACUUAACACCCUCUGCGUCGCCAACUCCGGCAAGCGCGAUGGUGUCGCCUGCUACGAUGUCGAUCCUCAAAAGGGUCUUACAUGUACCGACACGGAGCCACUUAAGCGUACCAUCGGAACAGUCAAGGACGGUCCGGCCGGUACCGUCUCCGACAUGUUCUUCACCGACGACCAAAAGAACCUUAUCGUCAUCACCAAGGGAAACAGCGUCAAGAAAGAAGCUAGUAUCGUCGAUGUCUACAGAACCUACCCGGAUGAGACUAAGAAGUCGAAGAUCUGCCUGGAAAGUGUUCGAUCCAAGAUCUCUGAGGCCCCACUCCUCUUCGGAGCCGUCCAGGUCUCACCUACCAAGAUCUUUGCCACCGACGGUUCCAUCGGUGUCGCCAAGCUUACAUUCGACCCAAAGACCUUGAAGGUCACACUCCCAGCCGAAGACAAGCAAACCAUCGACUUCCAGUCCGCCACCGGUUGGAUCGCAAAGAAUCCAAAGUACAACACCGUCUACGUCACCGAUGGUAAAAUGAACCGUGUCAUCGAAUUCAACUCCCCCACCGGCGAUAAGACCCAAGACCAAUCUUUCCUCUCCGGACAACCCGGUAACUUGGAUGUCGCCAUCGGUGGUGAUUUCUUGUACACUCUGUCUCCAUCUAACCUGGCCCUUGCUGCGAACACCUCCAUGAUUCAGGUUAUGCAUAUCACCGGCAAGAAUAAGUUCCAGGAUGUUGGUGCUUAUGUCUUCGAUAAGGAUGAUGAUAUUACCGCCGGUGCUCACGGAAUGGCUAUUUCGUGCAAGUCUAAGACUAUCAAGAAGAAGGAGACACGAUCGCUUCUCAAUUUCUUACCCUACUUUUAA